AUGUCCGGCCCACUAAAGAAGCGGAAACAAACGGAGGAGUGGGGUGUAACAAAGAAAGAGAGAGGGUCACAAGAAGAGGACCAACAUGUGGAGGAUGGUUGUUCCAAGUUAUUCCCAUUUUCUCUCCUAUCACUUGAAAUGCAGCUGGAAGUCUUAUGUUAUCUGCCAUCAAAAGAGUUGUUGACAUUUCGUCUCGUGUGCCGUGCUAUGAAUGCAUUAAUAGUGAAGAAUGCAUUAUCUCUUCACCGACUUAAGAUGAAAAUGAUUAUUGCUGGCAAGCCAAGUCGCGUAACCAAGUGUUUGAUGGAUUUGCCUAUUCACAGUUGUGAAUCUGUGGAGGAAAUUCUGCGUCACGCUCCCACACGAUCAAUUCCUUGUUUAGCAUUGAACUUUGUCCACGUCUCCUCGAAACUACUGAGAAGACUUUCCGCGGCUGUUACACAGUCACGAGUAAAAAUAGAUGAGUGUCACUUAACGUUCUGCAAAAUUUCAUGUCAGCAGGAGCAGUUUCUGGACUUUCUGAGACUGUCUCACGCUCGGAAAUUGGUACUGAUCGCCUUUGCAGUCGAUGUUCACGCUUCUCAGACUCUGGCAAAAAGCUUAAUUUUACAAGAGCUGGAAAUAGUCGUUGUAUGCGCUGAUCUGUUCUCAGGAUUCGAACUCAGUUUUCUUCCCAUGGUACAGCUGUCCACAAACUCCUUGCGAACACUCCUACUGAAGUGGUUGGAAUCGAGAGGGACAAUCUUCUUUUUAUUUAUGCGAAUGAGUGCUCCGUUUCCCUCAGAAGAGGCUAUUCUCGACGGCCUAACUUUUUCAGUUGUGGAUGGGCGUUAUUUGUUGAUGCGUCCCAAUUCCAUUGAAAAAGCGGAAAUUAGAUGCAUAAAUGAUGUUAUACUGGCAGUGAAACAGGCACCUGCGAAUAAUCUCAAUAAUCUCAAUAAUUUAUGGGGAUCGUCUCAUAAUCAGAUUGAAAAUUUGUAUUUUGAGGUGUUUUAUGCGUAUCCACGUAACAGAUGUCAUGGUUCAAUUCUCAACGGUGUUAAACAGAACAUUUCUUGGGUGGCUGAAGCUCUUUUGUCCUUUGAAUUUAGACCUUUGAAAAGGAAAUAUAUGGAGAAAAUUGGACCAUCAUAG